GGUAUGGUGUACAAAGGGUGAGUGGUGCUCUCCCGACAGUCAGCCGCUGUUUGAAUGUGGUGAGGUGUUGUCUUCACCAUCUCGAGUACCAUAAUGGAGAAAGGCAGAGAUAUUUAAUGGACAGAGGAUCAUUUUUGAAUCGUCUCUCAAUCUGACUGCAUGAGCGUCUUUUUGUCUGUGGCAUGUAAUAGAGACAAGAGAUUGCGGCUUGUUCACGGUUCACGGAUGUUACCGGAGAAAGAAGAGGGGGAAAAGGGUCCUUUUUUCCUUUUGCAGUCUGUGGAUGUGACUUUAUCACCCGUCGGCUACAGCAGAACAUGAGGGAGGAGCGGCUGCUGGUGGCUUGUAUAGGGCUCUUGCUAGCGGUUAAAUCGCCAGCACCCAAAGAGCAAGAUGAACAAUGACCCUGGUCCUCAGUAGUUGUGUUUGGAUGCGCUUAUGUGACCGACGUGUCUUAUGCAUACAGUGAACCCAGCUUUAUGUUUGCGAAGGGCUAACGUUGGUUAAAGACAUUGAGACGCACUGGGAGGAUUAAUUCAGGCGCGGCCGGGCAAGCCAACAAUGCGGAUUACCACUUGACUGUUUGCCUUUGUGUCAGAGUGAUUGAGUAAAUUCGGGACGAAGAGCCGGUCCUUUUUCCAGCUACCGUUUUAUUCUACUGCCUUGGGAAGGAGACAAUACGCUGACCCGAAGGACAGGUCCCACAAGUUGUCUGUGAAUUUGCACAGACUGAAAACAGCUACUGAGACGACCAUGGCCAACGACUCGAUUCAAAGUGACCCAGAGGGGCUGUCAGUUCUGGAGCAGCUUGCUCUGGACCAGAACUCAGAUUUCUCAGACCCCAGUGUACAGCAGCUUCUGGACGAGCAGCGCGAAAGGAUCCGCAGAGAGAUCCGCAAGGAGCUGAAGAUCAAGGAAGGAGCUGAGAACCUGCGCAGGGCGACGACUGACAAGAGGAACGCUCAGCAGGUGGACAGUCAGUUGCGAUCUUCAAACCGCAGGCUGGACAACCUGCACGCUCAGCUCCAGGAGCUGGACGCUCAUAUUGUGGUGAAGGGAGGAGAGGAGACUAAAGAUGAGUGCCCUCAAUCUCCAGGGGCAGAGAACCUAACAUCAGCCCACAAGGGCCGCAUUGCUGCCCUGGAGAGACAGCUCAACAUCGAGCUCAAGGUCAAACAGGGAGUUGAGAACAUGAUCCCCAUCUAUGCCAAUGGAUCCACUAAGGAUAAGAAAAUGCUGCAAACAGCUCAGCAGAUGCUGCAGGACAGCAAGACCAAAAUUGACAUAAUUCGCAUGCAAAUCCGCAAGGCAGUGCAGGCCACCGAGCAGAGCGACGACACACAGGGCAACCAGGACCUCUGCGGGGUGGAACUGCGUAUUGAAGAGCUGAGGCAUCAUUACAGGGUGGAACAUGCUGUCGCAGAGGGGGCCAAAAACGUGCUCAGGCUCUUAGGGGCCAGCAAGGUCCAGGACAAGAAAGCCCUGACUGAGGCGCAGUCUCGUCUCAGUGAGGCGUCUCAACACCUGGACCUGCUGAGGGUCUCUCUGGACCAGCGUCUGGAAGAGCUGCCCGAGGACCAUCCCAAGGCUAGUGUCAUCAAAGAGGAGCUGGUCCUGGCCUCCUCACCUACCUUCAGCUCCCGCCAUGGCGCCCCCUACCUCCACAACCAGUACAGCACCCUCAGCAAGCCCUCACCUCUCACUGGUACCCUACAGGUGCAGCUGCUGGGCUGUGCGAGGCUGUUGGAGCUGGUCCCAGGUCGCAAUAAAGGGGCAGCCAUCAUGCUGCCCUGCCACAGCCCCGGAGACACCAGGUCUUUCAUGAGAGGCAGCAAGGGACUGUACGGGCGGAGCGGUUCGGUCAGUGGGAAGACACCAAGCAAGACAGACGAGCUCUCCUCCGAGGUGAGCGCAGUGCUAAAACUGGAUAACACAGUGGUGGGCCAGACAGCUUGGAGAACUGUGGGAGAACAGGCCUGGGACCAGACCUUCACUGUAGAGCUGGAAAGGUCGAGGGAGAUGGAGAUUGCAGUUUACUGGAAGGAUUACCGCUCGUUGUGUGCUCUGAAGUACCUGAAGCUGGAGGAGUUUUUGGACAACCAGAAACACAGAGUUCAGCUGGAGCUGGAGCCUCAGGGCCUGCUGCUGGCCGAGGUGACCUUCUUUAACCCGGUCAUUGAGAGAGUUCCUCGCCUCCAGAGGCAGAAGAAAGUCUUUUCUAAGCAGCAAGGCAAGGCAUUCCUACGGGCUCGUCAGAUGAACGUGGAUAUCGGGACAUGGGUGAGGCUGCUUCGAAACGCCAUUCCCACUGUUAACAACUCAGGAACCUACAGUCCCAAUGCACACAGCUUAACACUCAACUCCGGGGAGAUCUCAGUGGAGAAGUUGAGUCUGGACAGCGACUCUCCAAUAAGAGGCGAUUACAAGAGAGACACAGACACACACACUCCGGACCGACUGCCAGUCAUCGAGCCCAUCUCCCCCCCAGACUUUACCCCUGAGUGCCCCGUCGGAACCCCGUCUGUGGGCAGUAAGCAGAAGAAAGGCCCCCUGUCCCUCCAGGACUUUAGACUGAUUGCUGUGCUGGGCAGGGGUCAUUUUGGGAAGGUGUUGCUGUCAGAGUACAAGAAGACGGGCACGAUGUACGCUAUCAAAGCCCUGAAGAAAGGAGAUAUCGUAGCUCGGGAUGAGGUGGAAAGUCUGAUGUGCGAGAAGCGCAUCUUUGAGACCGUGAACGUGUCACACCAUCCCUUCCUGGUCAAUCUGUUUGCGUGCUUCCAGACACCAGAGCAUGUCUGUUUUGUUAUGGAGUACACAGCAGGAGGCGACUUGAUGAUGCACAUCCACACAGACGUCUUCACAGAGCCGCGAGCCAUGUUCUAUGCAGCCUGCGUGGUUCUUGGACUUCAGUUUCUUCAUGACCAUAAGAUUGUAUACAGAGACCUCAAGCUUGAUAACCUGCUGCUAGACACAGAUGGUUAUGUGAAGAUCGCUGACUUUGGGCUGUGUAAAGAAGGAAUGGGUUAUGGGGACCGAACCAGCACAUUCUGCGGGACUCCAGAGUUUUUGGCCCCAGAGGUCCUCACAGACACAUCCUACACCAGAGCAGUAGACUGGUGGGGGCUGGGGGUCCUCAUCUAUGAAAUGUUGGUGGGAGAGUCUCCGUUCCCGGGGGAUGAUGAGGAGGAGGUGUUUGACAGCAUUGUGAAUGAUGAAGUCCGCUACCCACGCUUCCUCUCAACAGAGGCCAUUGGCAUCAUGAGGAGGCUGUUAAGGAGGAACCCAGAGCGAAGACUGGGCUCGGGUGAAAAGGAUGCAGACGAGGUGAAGAAGCAACCAUUUUUCAAAAAUAUGGAUUGGGAGGCGUUGCUGCAAAGGAAGGUGCCCCCUCCCUUCAUCCCCUCCAUUGGCAACAAAGAAGACGUCAGUAACUUUGAUGAGGAGUUCACCACCGAACCUCCGACGCUCACGCCUCCACGUGAGCCUCGCAUGCUCUCCCGCAAAGAGCAGGACAGCUUCCGGGAUUUUGACUAUGUCUCUGACCUCUGCUAGUGGGCUGCGGGCUCGCAGACCUCGAACAAUGUUUGAUUUUUGAAGUCGUCAUGACAGUUUUUGUCAGAGUGGACCAAAGGCCCCUACCGACUGUCCACUGACUGUUUGUCUGCCGAUAACUACACUGUGAAUGUGUGGAGAGACCACAGGAAGUCGGUCUGUGUUUUGUGUUUGUAUGUUGGUGUGUGUGUAGGGUUUUAAAGCUCGAUGUCAGGAAAAUAAGCUGGGACAAACAGCUGUUUUACCAUGAAUGAAGGAUAAAUGAAGCCCCCCACUCCUGUCAUUGUAUGACACACCAGUGACUUGUGGAUCUUGCAGACAUUAGCCUUUGAAAUGCCUCCUCCCGUCCUCUUUUGUAUCAUUGUAGUCACGUGCGCAGCUGCAAGAGGACGAGCUCUUUGUACUGUUGACUGUUUAGGAGGAUGUUCAGUGGCCUCUCAUACCAAUGCCUUACAUUUGUACUAGUAUUUGAUCCACAGAAAAUGUUUUUAUUUUGUGACACUUUUGUAUUCAGCAGCAGGAAGAGUGACACGGCAGACUGCAGAAAUACUCUCAACUGUGUUUUUAUAAAAGAGGACUUGCUUGUCAGAGUGGAAUCAGCGAUGUUCAGAAUGAAAGCUUUUCCAGCAGUCGUAUGUUGAUGACUGAUGCUAGAAAAAAUUAUGAGUUAAAUAUGGGGUAAAGAACCACUGUUUUACUUAGCUGCGAUGGCUUUUCAUGGGAUGUCCACCGACUCCUUAUUAACAUUUGUGCUGCUUAGAUUUCAAUUUAUGUGACAGAUGUUACAGCAGCAAUUUGUAAAGAGUCCUGAACAUUUUACUCAAUACUCGCAUAAGUUGUUGUUUUUUUAAUUGGAUAUUUAGGUAUUAUAUGUAAUU